CGGGAGGGUUUGUUUGCCCCCAGCAGCUAUAGCAACGAGCACAAGCUGCUGGUGCAUUGCUGCUCAUCCGGCCAUGGAGCUCGGGGCAGCGGGGAAUGCCUGCGGGGUCUGGGGGGACGCUGCAGUGGGGACCUCUGCCAUCCCACAUGGGCUCCCACCCGUGCCGGUGUCCUCGCAGCCACUGACCAUCAUCCAGCAGAUUCCCAUGGGCACAGCCCAUCCCACCGGACCCCCACACCUACGGGGAGAUUUGAUCGAGCUGAUGAUGAUUCAGAACUCCCAAAUGCACCAGGUGGUGAUGAACAGCCUGGCGGUGUCAGCACUGGUGUCCUUUGGGUUUGGGCCAUCUCCAGCCACUGCCCAGUGCGGUGCCACCUCCUCCACCCCCCAGUGCAACAGGGACCGUCGGAGCCAGCAUCCCACCAGCAUCAGAGUACUACGACAUGCUGGAGGAGUGGCUCUGAGCACCCUGCAGCCUGAGGAGGCUGCUCCUGCACAUCCUCAUCCUCCACCCUAGAAGAUCUUGCAGGGUACCCCAUGGUACCAAGAGUUUUGGGGAGGGAGAUGAUGUGCCCAGCAAAAUGCACUAUUUUGGAGCGUGGAUGUGCUAUUCGCCCUACAAGCCUCUGUAUGGGGCAGCUCCUUCCCUGGACCAGCCCCGAACGCCCACACACCGCUCUGCUGAUCCACCGGCUUCACCUGCCCUGCUCCUGGUGUCCCUGCUCUCCACCCCAGCUCUGGGGACGCAGGCUGAGCUCCCCAGCAUCCCCACACCCAAGCGGCAUGAUGGAUGUGACCCUUCUCCAUGGGCUGCUGCUGCUCCUCCUCCUCCCUGUGCUGCUUUUCCGGCACAGUGCAACCUUCCGCUACUUCUGCAAAGUGACCUUCUUCAACAUCUGGAUCUUGACCAUGGCGACUUUCAUCUCCCCCUUCGCGGCAAUUCGGGGACGCUGCGUGGAGAACAUGAAGCUCCUCUGUGCUGCGAUCCGGCCCCUCAAGCACUUGUAUGGCAUCAAGAUAGAGGUGCUGGGUGCUGAGAACCUGAAUCUCAAGGAGCCCUAUGUGAUAGUUUGCAACCACCAAGCUUCCCUUGACCUCAUGGGCAUGGUGGAGGUCAUCCCAAAGCGCUGUGUGCCCAUUGCCAAGAAGGAGCUCCUGUACAUGGGUACCGUGGGCUGGGCCUGCUGGCUCAGCGGCAUCAUCUUCAUCGACCGCCGAAGGACGGGAGAUGCCAUCGAUGUCAUCUCCCAGACAGCCAAGACCAUACAGCGUGAAAAUCUCCGAGUAUGGAUUUUCCCAGAAGGCACCAGGAACCAGAGCAGAUCCAUGCUGCCCUUCAAGCGUGGGGCGUUUCACCUGGCUGUGCAGGCUCAGGUUCCCAUUUUUCCGGUUGUGAUUUCUCCAUACUGGGACUUCUUCAGCUCCAAGGAGAAGAAAUUCACCCCUGGGAUGUUCACCAUCCGAGUUCUCCCCAGGAUAGAAACCCGUGGCCUGAGCCCGAAGGAUGUCCCAGAGCUGACAGAGACUGUCCGCAACAUCAUGGUCGAUGUCUUCUCUGAGAUGUCUGCAAAUCACUGCAGGGAUCAGUGUGCGGAGCUUCCUCUGCUCCCACGCACUGGGGCCACCAAGGGGACUGACUGCACGUGGCAUGAGGAGGAUGCAAAUGGGACCAAUGAUUAGGCAGAGCUCAUGGGGACACCAGGGGGGUUGGGUACCAGGUACCAGGUAGAGCUUGCUGCUUCCUUCUCCAUCUCUUGUGGUGUUGUUCAUCCAUGGGCUCGUUGCCCAGGGUCCUACUGAUUGUGCUGUCCUCAUGCAUGCAGACAUGAGGAGGUGUCCAGAACAUGUGGUGAGCCUGUGGGGACUGGAGGGAUGUGGGGAGGGGGAAAUUGCUACAUGAAAAGAGCUUCCUCAAUGCAGACUGAUGAGAUAAGGGUGCAAAAUUAAAAAGUUCACAGCUGUUGUUUGUGCACAGUGCCAUGCCUGAGCCUGGGGGAUGAGGGCAGGUGGGGAUGGCCAUGCUGCACGUGGAGCAUCUCUGAAGAUAAUGGGCAAACCGUGGCCAAGAAGGUGCAUAGUGCUUUGGUUCAUCGUUGCUGCUCUUGGAAAUGUCUGGAAGAAAUUCUGAAAAACAGCAGAAAUUUUCUAUUCUGCUGGGCAGCACUAUUAGCAAUGGUGGGUCAGAGCUCUCCAGGUCAGUAACCAUCAUGUAGAGAUGGUCAGUGGCAGAGGGCACAUGGAGGACCUUAUUUUCCCAGGGCUGCCACAUGCCUGCUGCUAUGGGUUGUGCUCGGCUGCUGAGAGCCUGGAACCCACCUGGGGGUGGACUGGGUGGCUAAACACUGUCCCAGCUGGAGACCUCGCUGGGUUUUGCUCGCUCCACCAGGGAGGAAAGGGUGAACGGGAGAGGAGGAAGACUCAAUAUGAGGGCUUGAAGCUCGCCUUGCCUCCAUGUUCUUCCCCCACAUAUGGGGUCCAGAGCAGCCCUGACCUGCCUGCUGCUCUGCGUCCUGCACCUCAUUGCUGGAGCAGCUGCAUGGCCAUAAGACCUCUUCGUGUCAGUCUGUCCAUGCUGGGUGGGAUGGUGGGUGGUCUUAGCUUGCUGCUGGUGCUCAGGGUCCGUCCUCAUCAUGAGUGUGGUUGCCUGGUUUGGGUGGAGGUGCUUGGGAGUGUGUGUUGUCCCUGUGAGGACAGAGGGAUUAGUGCCUGUGGAUGCUGAGCAUUGGGUUUUGGUGAGGGUCCCUGCCCACCUCCACUGUCAAAGUGUCUUCUGCCUAGAAGCUUCAUGGUGAUGUUCCCCUAUGUGAUCUACUACUCGCAUGGGGGCAAGAUGCACAUCCAUCUUGUGGACCUGGAUGAGCCAGUGCGCGUCACCCUCAGCCUGAAGAGCAGCCAUGGCAUCCCCAGCAUCACCCUGAAGGAGAUGAGUAGCAGGAGCCUCCAGCUGGACUGGCCUCUCUUCCCCAACGUGGGUGACCCCAAGAAGGGAUGUCCCCCCCCUUAGGUCCCUCCAUGGGGUGGGGACACAGGCUGUCCUGGGUGGGCAAUGACUUGAAGAGCAGAGGGACACAGGGUUACUACCCCAACUGAGGAGGAUGUGUAUGUGCACAUCACCAUCCGAGGAGGUUCCCUGAAGGUCUCCAGGUGUAGGAAGGUCCUCCUGAAAGCCCCAGGUCUGUGGACUAUGAUACAGACAGACAGGACUGCCUACAAGCCUGGACAAACCAGUGAGGAUCAGGAGCUGUGGGAAGAUGUCACGGACUCCUGGCAUGAGAUCCCCAGCUGGGUUCCCAGGUUGGGCCCCAGCCCCAUAGCACUCACUCCUGCUCUGGGAUUUGCUCUUUCCGGUGAAGUUUCGAAUUCUCUGUUUGGAUGAAGACUUCAUGCCCUGUGACAGAAAGCUUCCCUCAGUGACUGUGCAUGUGAGUGAGUCCUCACCUUGUGCCAUUCCAUAUGUGUGUGCUGCUGGGGACCAUGUACAGCAACAGGGAGGACAUCCCUGCUUCAGGGAAGUCACAAAGAGGGACAAAAAGAGCAUGAAUUCCUUGUUCACACCCCAUCGUCAGCCUCUCAAAGGGCUGACACUGCCUGUCCCUGUGCGCAGGAUCCCAGAAAAAACAACAUUGUGGGGUGUCUGGAUGUGACCCCAUAGCAGGGCAUCAUGGACCUGUCCUUCCAGGAAUGCAGCCCUGGGCAUGUGCACCAUCAAGGCAGAGGAGAAGAAUCACGCCUUUGAGGGAAUACCCGGUUCAAAGUGCUGCUCCAGCUGCCCUCCUUCGUGAUGGGGAUGGAUGAGAAAGUCCCACUGCACGUCUGUGGGACCCCAAGUUCAUCGCAGCGCAGACAGGAAUGACAGAUCUUCGGCCUCUCCUCUUUGCCUUCAGCCACUAAGAAGGAUAUUUUUGGGUAAAGAUGUGUAUUUCAUUAGUGCCCAGAUCCAGGUUAAUACUAGUUCUGCUCACACUACAACUCCUGUCACCCCUGUUGACCAUUUCUUGUGCUUGUUGCUCAAGAAGUGUGGUUUUGCACUGCGCAAAUCUUGCCCCUAAACAUAGAAUCAUGGAAUAGAAUCAUAAGGAUUGGAAAAAAUCUCCAAGAUCACCUAGUCCAAGUAUCCACCUACCACUAUUUCCCCACUAAACCGUGUCCCCUAGUACAACAUCUAAAUGUUUCUUGACCUCCAGGGACACAGACCCAACCAUCUCCCUCAGCAGGCCAUUCCAGAGCCUGACCGCUCUUUUGGAGAAGAAAUUCUUCCUGAUAUUCAACCUGAAACUCCUUGGUGCAACUUGAGGCCAUUCCUUCUCAUCCUAUCCCUGUUACCAGGAGCAGAGGGUGAUCCCCACCUUGCCACAAAUGAGUACAGAGGGACGACCAGCUCCUGCUCCUGCUGGCUGCACUAUUGCUGAUACAAUCCAGGAUGCUGCUGGCCGUCUUGGCAACCUGUGCACCUAAUGGACCAUCUCCAUGAGUUCAUGGAGGCAUCCUGUGGAGGACCAACACAUCUUUUUCUGCUCAUUUCCUUGAGGAGCACCACAAAGACAUAGGGGGAGAGCAUGCAAGGGGGAAAGCAGGGAUGGAAAGCACGUCACCCAGAGCCUCUCUAUUUUUGCCCUUUCUUUCUGCAGGAAAGACAAAAAGCAUUACUAAAAGCUGCAAGAUUUUUCCUGAAAUGCCCGUAGAUGCCUCCAAGGACACCAAUGGAUUCAACAGUGGGAUGUCCUAUGAUGGAAAGAUGCUGCUGAAGGGGGCCAGUGGGAUCUCUUCUACCUUCACCAUCCCAAAAGAAGACCAAAUAGCUGUGGGCCCAAGAACCAAUACAACAGCCACAUCCCAGAUCCCUCUGACUGGGACAGCUUAAGUUUCUUGAAGAUCUGCAGGAUGAAAAUGACGCUGCCCUGCAGCCAGCCCCUGCAGAUCCAGGUGUAUUACAAAUUGAGUGAGGAGUUUCUGAAGUGUGUUCCUCCUGUGAGUCUUCAUCUGAAAUAAGAAUUUCAUCCAAAAUGAGAAUAAAGCUUCUGGACUGCUCAGGAUGAAGCCGUUUCCAGCAAGCCCUUGGGAUGCACGAUCCUGGCCAAAGAAACCCUUGUGACCAUCUUCAGGAAGGAGCUGCUUGUGGAGGCAGCACUAAGUGGUUCCUUCUCUGUGGAGCUGCCCUCUGGCCACAAGUUGGUGCCCACAGCCACAGUGCUGUGCGAUGCGAUUCUGCCCAGAGGCUGUACUUUGAUCGACUGGACUCUGCUGCACGUUGCCCUCUGCUUCCCCAACUAGGUGAAGCUGUCCUUCCCAGAACAAAAGGCUCUGGCAGGCUCUCAGAUGCAACUGAAGAUGCAGGCUGUUCCGGAGUCCCUGUGUGCCAUCCACACCAUGGAUGAGCACAUGUGGUACGCUGGUCUCAAGGUCACCACCAGCUUCAGCAUGGUCUCCAGCUUACACCUAUCUUCUGAAGACAGCUCUCACUCCAAAGAUCAAGUCCUGACUACUACUGUCUGUCCCUUUUAUGACCAGACAGCAAGUUCUAUGCCACUUAAUCCUUAUGAUGUGUUUGAGGAGCUCUACCCUAUUAGCCUCAAACGCUGUGGGAUUAGGGAGGAACCAUCAUAUCCCGACUAUGGGAGUCGGUGCGACCCAGAUAUAGUACGAGCCCCCAGCCUUGCCUUGUGUUCUUCUUCCUCCCAGGAAUGGUCUGCCUCACCCACCCCAUGCCCGUACCCAUGAACCAUCCUCUUACAUCCCCCACAUGAGAUGCACUGAACCCUACUUCUUCAGCUUAAGAGAGACACGUGAAAUAUAUCCGUCAGUCCAAGUACUGCAGCAUUCAAUGAAGAUGGGGAUAAGAUCUGCUUGUCCACUUCAAACCUGGGCUCAGAUUGAAUAGAGAGGGAUGGAAAGGAAUUUGAACACCUCUGGGCUUCAGCACGAUGUGAUCCUCUCUUACUUAUCGUGAUUCAGAUUGCAGACUUGAAAAGUGUCACCAACACUGUGCUGGAAAUGUGCUUAUUUAAGUGCUUCCAAAUACUAGGUGAGCAGAGAGAGUGCGCAGCAGCCUCCAUGCUGCCCUGUCCUCCCUUUCUGGCAGUGCUGUCAUGUCGUGUCCACCAGGAGAGCCAGAGGAGAAUGAAAGGGCAGCUAUGGCAGAACCCAGAAUCUAGUUGGACCUAGCACGGCAGAUGGAAUUUCUGGGGACGUGGCUGUGGCAACUGGUCUCUGUGGGCACCAGCCCCCUGGACAGCGCAUGGCAAAGUCCUCUGGGCUUUGGGCUUGGGACCGCUGGCCCAAAGAUCAAGCCCAGAUGCCACCAGCUGCGGGCAACCCUUGGUGGCCUCUGGACGUUCUGUCCCACGAUCUGCAAGGAGGAGGGCUCUGCAGAAGUGAGGGUGACGGUGCCCGAUGCCAUCACGGAGUGGAAAGCUGGGAUGUUCUGCACUGCGCCCAUAGGUUGGGGCUGGCCGCCGUUGCCACCCUCAUGGCUUACAAGCCCUUCUUGGUGGAGCUGGCCCUGCCCUCUGCUGUCACUUGUGGCAAAAGCUUUACUGUGGCUGCCACCAUCAUCGAUCACCUGCCUAUGGGUUUGGGUGAUGCUGGAGGACUCAGAAAAGCUGGAUGUGUUGGAGAGGGAAGAUGACACGGAUGGCAGCUGUGUGUGUGGGUACAAAGCCAGGACCUUCUGCUGGGACAUGGAAGGUGAUGUCACUGUCAGUGCCCAGGCCCUGCACACGGAGGAGCUGUGUGGCACAGAGUUGCCCGUGGUGCCAGCACAGAGGGACAUGGACACUGUGACAAAGUGGCUGGUUGUGAAGCCUUCCCAGAGUUGAAGAUUGACAUGAAUGGAAACUGCAGCUUCCUGGCCGUUCUGUUCCUGACUGCAUCGUACCUACCAGGCAGCUGAGGUCUCAAGCCUCUGCCCAUUCCUGCUGCCUCAUCCCCUUUGCCUGACUGGAGCCUUCAGCAACGUGGUUGAGAUGAGGACUCCAAAAGCCACUUGUGGUCCCUGUUCCACCCUGGCUGCUUCAUCCACUUCAUUCGUGUGCAUCAGGGGCCAGUGGGGGACAUCUGCUUUGCUGCCCACCAUGGAGACGUUGUUGCCCUUGAGCUGACAUCAGUGUAAUUCCUGGAAAAAAAAAAAAAAGGCAGAAAACCCCUGGGGAUCAAUGCAAACAUGAUGAUGUGGGCCAGGAGCAAUGGCUGGCCAUGGGGAGGAUGGUCCAGACUGCUCCUGUUCUGCCAGGCUGGAAAAGUAAGAAAAAUGCAAGAAAGGAAAUAAAAGCAGCAAAAGGUUUUUCCUGCAUGAAAGUUCCUUGUCUUCAGGCUCUUUCCCAGCAUCCCUGGCCCGAGCCACCCCUAAGGGCUGGCACUUUGUUCCUGGGUUUCAGUGUUCCUGUCCUGCUUAAUGAUGCAUAAAAGGGGCUGCAGUUUAUUUGCAUCCACUGUCCGCUUUGUUUUGCGAAAUAAAAAGCUGGAACUAGAA